ACUAUUUAGAACGUACAGUAAAAUUGUUGUACACAAGCUGAAUGCGCGUGCAUCUUCAAAUGAGACAGCUGUCGUCGAUUGCUGGAAAUUGUACAGACGCUUCAUACAGGUGAAUUGACAAACUUGAGUGAGAAUGGAUGCCAGUCUGACCUCGAAGGAUAUCCGUCAAACUUUCAUUGACUUCCAUGUGAAGCUGAAUGAUCUGCCUCAUGACUUCUGGAGGUCAUCUUCCGUUAUCCCUCUGGAUGACCCUACCCUCCUCUUCGCCAAUGCGGGUAUGAACCAGUUCAAGCCUAUCUUCCAAGGAACAGUAGACCCUAACAGUGACCUUGGACGAUUGGCCCGUGCUGUGAACAGCCAGAAGUGCAUCCGUGCCGGUGGCAAGCACAAUGACUUGGACGAUGUAGGCAAGGAUGUCUACCAUCACACUUUCUUUGAGAUGUUGGGCACCUGGUCAUUUGGUGAUUACUUCAAGAAAGAGUCUUGUGAGAUGUCCUGGAAGCUGCUGACCGAGGUUUACAAGCUCCCUGCAGAGAGGAUGUACAUCACAUACUUUGGAGGAGACCCUGAAGCAGGACUAGAGCCAGACCUGGAAUGCAAACAAAUCUGGCUUGACUUGGGCAUUCCUGAAGAGCGUGUGAUGCCGUUUGGCAUGAAGGACAACUUCUGGGAGAUGGGUGAGGUAGGACCUUGCGGGCCUUGUACUGAGAUCCACUUUGAUCGUAUUGGAGACCGUGAUGCUCGCGCCAUGGUCAACAUGGAUGUCCCUGACGUGCUGGAGAUCUGGAACCUUGUAUUCACGCAGUUCAACAGAGAAUCUGAUGGGGAGCUGAAGGUUCUACCAAAGAAGUGCGUUGACACAGGCAUGGGUCUGGAGAGGAUUACCUCAGUCAUCCAGGGCAAGUCAUCCAACUACGAUACUGAUCUCUUCCAGCCAAUCUUUGAUGCCAUCCAGAAGGCGACUGGAGUGCGUCCAUACACUGGGAAUGUUGGAGCAGAUGAUGUUGAUGGUAUAGACAUGGCUUACAGGGUAGUGGCUGAUCAUAUCCGCACAUUGACCAUAGCUCUCUCGGAUGGAGGCAGGCCAGAUAAUGUUGGAAGAGGUUAUGUUUUAAGGAGAAUCCUGCGUCGUGCUGUCCGCUUUGCCACAGAGAAGCUGAAUGCCAAGCAGGGUCUCUUUGCUUCUCUUGUCACAAUCGUACAGGAUAACCUGGGUGAAGCCUUCCCAGAGAUCAUGAAAGAUCCUCAGAUCGUGAUGGACGUCUUAAAUGAAGAAGAGGCACAGUUCCUCAAGACUCUCAACAGAGGGCGUCGUGUGCUCGAGAAGACCAUCUCGCGGCUUAGCCCUGAUUGCAAAGUUCUGCCAGGUCGAGCAGCAUGGCUACUGUACGACACCUACGGGUUCCCUGUAGAUCUCACAGGGCUCAUGGUGGAAGAGAAAGGGAUGUCUGUUGACUGUGCAGCUUAUGAAGAGGCCAAGAAGGCGGCGCAGCUUCUAUCUCAAGGUAAGGGCUCUGGUGUGGAUGAUACCAUCGGUCUGGAUGUCCAUGCCAUCAAUGAAUUACAGGAGAAGAGAAAGGUGCCUCCAACCAACGACUCCGCCAAGUACAAGUACGAAAGCAACGAUGGCUCAUACACUUUUGAGUCGACAGUGGGUACAGUGAUAGGCCUGAGGAAGGACAGGCAGUUUGUAGAGGAGGUCAACCAUGGGGAAGAUUGUGGAGUACUCCUAGACCAGACCUCUUUCUACGCAGAGUCUGGAGGACAGAUCUUUGACGAGGGCUUCAUGGAGAAAGAAGGAGACAAGGAUGUAGAGUUCCGUGUAACCAACGUGCAGGUCAAAGGUGGCUACACACUUCACAUUGGAAAGGUGUCUGCUGUAGGAGACACAACCAAAAUCAGAGUUGGAGACAAGCUGAAUCUCUACAUUGAUGAGGUGAGAAGAAGACCUGUAAUGAGCAACCACACUGGGACUCAUGUCUUGAACUUUGCCCUCCGCAAGGUGCUGGGUGAGGCUGAUCAGCGAGGCUCACUGGUGGCGCCAGACAGGCUACGAUUCGACUUCAGUGCAAAGGGAGCCAUGAAGACAGAGCAGAUUAAGAAUGCAGAAGAGAUUGCCAAUCAGGUCAUCUCUAAGAAAGAAACGGUCUAUGCCAGGGUCACACCUCUCGUCGAGGCCAAGGCCAUCCAAGGGUUACGUGCUAUAUUUGAUGAGACGUAUCCUGAUCCAGUCAGAGUGCUCUCCGUUGGUAUACCUGUAGAAGAUAUGACCUCUGACCCCGCUGGGCCUGGAGGUACCGUCACAUCGGUGGAGUUCUGUGGUGGAACCCAUGUACGCAAUGCUGGUGACAUAGGAACCUUUGUGAUUUCAUCCGAGGAAGCCAUCGCCAAGGGAAUCCGAAGGAUAGUAGCCAUCACUGGGCCAGAUGCUGAUAAGGCCAACGUGCGUGCGGAGGGUCUAGAGAAGCAGGUAGAGGCCCUGGCCACCAAGAUCCAAGCCAAGGGAGCUAACAUGAUGCAGAAGAUACUCUCAAAGGCUGUCUAUGAACUUGGAAAUGAUCUGAAUGUAGCUAUUGUUCCUCAGUGGAGGAAAGACACAAUGCGCAACAGGCUCAAAGAGCUGAAGAAGUGCCUUGAUGACAUGGAUAAAGCAAAGAAGGCUGAAGUCAUGCAGAAAACCAAGGAGGCGGCUAACGAGAUAAUUGCCAGCAACCCUGAUGUACCCUUCUUGGUGGCCCGUCUAGAGGCUGGCUCCAACUCUAAAGCCUUGGAUGCUGCUCUCAAGGAGUUCAAGAGCAAGUCACCCAAGACCUCUGCCAUGCUCUUCAGUGUGGACCAGGAAGCCAACAAGAUUGUCUGCCUGGCACAAGUACCUAAGGAUGCUGUCGGCAAGGGACUAAAGGCCAACGAAUGGGUGCAGGAAGUAGCAGGCAUCAUGGGAGGAAAGGGCGGAGGUCGUGACGUGUCCGCACAGGCCACAGGAGACCAAAUAGGAGUUGUGGACCUGGCCGUGGAGAUGGCACAACAGUUUGCUCAACUUAAACUAAGCAGUUAAGGCUAACAGUGAUUUGUAUUUUUCUUUCUUCAUGUAAAUCUAUUAUAGUUAUAAUGUUAUUUUAAUGGCUAAGUUUAGUUAUUGCAAGUGCUGGGAAAUACAAUGAGAAUCUACUCUUCUAUUUGCUGAAGGCAAUUUCUAUAAAAAAACAAGGAUAUUAAAUAUAGAUUUUACCUUCGAAUAAAUGACUACAUGAUAUGAGUGAAUGUAAAAAACCUUUAUUUAAAUCCCAAAUACAGAUGAUACUUGUGAAGUUGCAACAUCUGUUUAAAUUUCAGGUAUCUGCAAUAACCUGAAAUUUUUGAGAUUGAUGUCUGGCACUUGCAAUUAGUUUACAUUGGCUAAAGAUUGCAUGCAUAUUAAGUACCGGUAUAUGAGACUGAUAUGUGGAAUGCAUGAGAAACCAUAGAGUGCCCUCAUGUAUCCUAGUCAGAGUUCAUAUAGAAGGAAUGUCCUGUGAGAAUCUGAAUAGCCUACUUUUUUAGGAGGUUACAUCUAUGUAGAGUGGACCACAAAAAAGGGCUUUCGUAAUACCUUUUUUGAAGUGAUACAUUAUUGUUUUACAAAAAUAAGUGCCCCACACAUGUGCAGCAAUUGGUGUAGCGCUUUGUAACUGCAAGGAAAAGGCGCUAUGUCAAAUACUGUUUGGAUUAGAUUGGAAACGAUAUGGGACCAAGGUUUCCAACAAUUUCACCCAUAAAGCCUUGUUAAAGGUAAUACAAACUUUUGGUAAUAUUUCAACAGGAUUGGAUUAUGAAAUUUAAAAUUUGCAUUUUUAUUGUGAAACCUAGUGUUGGAAUAAGCAACUUUGAAAAAAUUAGUCUGUAAAACGCUAAGGAUUUUGAGGAAUUAAAAUAUCAAAUUUAUCGGUGCUCCAGACAAAUUUCAAAUAGCGCCUACGGCCAAACAACGGCAGCUGCAACCAUGAAAGUCUCGGAAUAAGCAGUUCUGAUAUAUAGUUUCCAACCGGUAAUAGAAAAUUGAUUGAUUUUAGUCAAGAAACAUUGUUUUGAAGCUUCAAAGUAACAUCAAUCUUGAGAGGGAGCUAUACAACAUAAAUAUUUUAUUAUUCACAGUUGCAUCUCUUGGACUUGAUUUCAACCGCGACAACGAUCAUCAAAUGUUGUAGGAUUCAUUCAAUAGGUUCAUUUGAACCAAAUUCAUGACCCCAUACCAAAACUUUGUAUUACCUUUAAGAUACGAAGCUGUAACCACAAUAAUUUUGUGGUAGUGGUGACGGAAGUAGAACACGCUUGUUUCAGGUGCUCCAUUCUCUUUCAUAGUCUGUAGGUCCCCUAGUUGUGUAUGUACAAACAUAUAUUCUCUGCUUUUGUUAGUUGUUCCACCCAAAACAAGCAUAAAGUGUCAAGCCAAGAUUUAAGAGAAUUGGGUCUGUGCAUUAGUUUAUUUGAUGGGGUAAUGAUAUAUGUAUGAUAUACCAGUAUAGCUUGUGUUUGUUUUAUUUUGUUUUCUUUUAACUUAAUUAUCAAAUUUUUCUUUAGUCAUGUAAUGCAAACUAAUCACGGCUAAAUUUUGCAAGAAAUUGAAUAUAUUGGUAUUCAAAAAUUGUUGAAUACAGGAAGUAGUACUGAUUAAGGAUCUGAAUAGUUGUGUGAUCAAAAUCAAAAUGCAGGGUUAUUUUUGAUCUUUCCAUGGAGGAGAAAUUCCCUCUUGGUUUUAAUCAGAAACAGUUGUACAACCGUCUUAAGACAUACAUCACUCCAGUACGUUGGCUAUUUCAGGAUCUUUCCAAUCAAAUGAUAACUUUAUGUGGAAUGCCUCACAAUGUUAAUGUUACCUCAUGAUCUUCCUAUUCACACUCGGUCAAUUCUUUGACAUCUGGUGCAUUGAAAAGGCUGCAUGUUUCAUAUGUGCAUGAGCAGAGAUGGAUUUCCACCAGCUAUACAGCUAUGAAUUGUUGGAUAGUUUGAUGUAAUAAAGAAUCCACAUAUCUGAGCUUGACUACCAUUGAAGAUGUAGUUGUCUUUUCUUGCCGCACAUGCUCAAAGUAAUAUGAACACCCCUCGUGUGGAUACAGGGUGUCGCAAAAGGUAUUCAAUGUUGAAAUCAUAAAGUAGAAUUAAUUAAAUUGUUAUGUUUAACUACAUGAUAAAAAUGUUGUGACAAGGCAAAGUUAUUGUUGUGUUUGAUGAACCAUGAAGAACAAUUUUGAUCUAUUCUUUGAACUUGGCCCACAUGUUGAUUACCGGUAAUCCUUUUAGCUUCAUUCAUGUAGGAACGUUUCUUGUAAAAACAAUACAUGAGUAGUAUGAGUAUGUAUGAGUAAUGAUUUAGGUCAAAUAUUUACAGGAUUAAUAGUGAAAAUAGUUGAUUUGAGCUGUGAUAUGCAAGGCUAUGUUUCUACAGUAACAGAUGGGUUUACCUUAUAAAAUAGGGUGAACAAAUAUUAAGCUAGCCUUAUUUUCUUAAUUGUCAUGCAACUUAAGUAUGAAUGUAUCAUCCAGAAUUCCAGACUAACAUGGGAACAUAAAUUAAAGGAUGUGGUUUAACUUUAGAUGUACAUAUUCCAAUUCAUUGUACGUGUAUUAAGUCUAUUUCAAAGGUACUGCUAAACAUCUUUUAGGCAAAUAUAUCAUGUAUUAAAUAAUUUACAUUGAGGUUCAGGAUUACAUUCAAGGUCUAAGAGUGUUUACAUGUUGACUAAAUGGGUGGGUUUUUAAGAUUAAAAUUGGCUGUUCAUGUAUUCCUCUGUAGUGUUUCACAGAGCAGUUAAGGACAUUAAUUUUGUGUAAUUGGUAUAAAGAAACCUAACCCUUAAUUCUUUGUAUAAGCGGUUAAUUUUACUAAAUCGCCAAAAUAUAUUUACAGCGAUAUUCAAUGAAAACAACUUUGGUGAUGUUCCAGCAUGAAAUUGAAACUGGAACUAAAGAGGCUUUCAAUAAUAAUUUGUAUGUGAACUAGAGGAACACAAUUUUCAAAUUAGAUGUGAUUAUGUCAAUGAUGAGAAAUUAUUGAAUGGUAAUUGUAAAUUGACAUGGAACAGAUCUUUAUGAAGGUGUAUGGUAAUGCCAUUGAUGUAAGUGAUAAUCAAAUCAUCAUUCUUGCAUUUUCAGCUGAAAAAUUGAAAUGUAAACAUGCUCAAAUGUAAUAACAAAACAAAAAAAUAUUAAUUCCCAAGAAAGCAUACUGUUUUGUUUUGCUUUUGUGUAUUCUGUUGCAAUACAACUUUUAUUAGGCGUCAUUCCAUUAACAUAUAUCAUGUCUUUAGUGAAUUCGACUCAUCUGGUAUUCAGAAUAAACUGACAAAUUUAUAAGAUAA